AUGACCGAUCAAGGCACAGAGUUUCUAAACAGAUAUUUUCGAGCGCUGAUGAAAGAAGAAGACAUCGAGCUGUGCAACACGUACAAUGAAACGAAAGCUUCUAUCGUGGAACGUCUGAUUCGCACUCUAAAAACGAAAAUGUGGCGCUUUUUUACAGCCAAGAAAAUCAUGCGAUACGUAGACAUGUUACCAGACCUGGUCAAUUCUUACAAUCACAGUGUUCACCGUAGCGUUAAAACAAAACCAGUGGACGUUACUGGUGAGGAUGAGAAGAAGGUGAGGCACACUCGGUAUGAUGAUCAUAACGUCGUGAAAAAUGUAAAGUACAAGUUUAAGGUCGGUGAUCAAGUGAGAAUUAGCAAUAUGAAACGAACAUUCGAGAAAGGAUACUUGCCGAAUUUCUCAAAAGAGAUCGUCACUAUAAGCAAGCAAAUACCUCAUGAUCCUCCAUUGUACAAAGUAAACCAUCUGGACGGCAAAGAACUCAAAGGAACAUUUUACGAAAAGGAGCUGCAAAAGAUGACGUCCACGAAAUUGAGAAAAUCUUGA